AUGGGAAUACCUGUUAUCUCUUCUCGUAAACCAGAAUUUGAUCAUAAACAAUGUAGUCAUUGUCGUACUCAACUGGAAUUUCCGAUUCCAAAAUCCAAGCAAACAUCCGUUCAUUCGAAAAAACCAAGACGACAAUUCGGUACAGAACAAGAACCUUUGGAAACUGAACUUUAUGAUAUACUUGGGGUUUCUCCAACCGCUUCAAGUAGUGAAAUUAAGAAACAAUAUUAUAAACUUGCACUACAAUUUCAUCCUGAUAAAAAUAAGUCCCCUGACGCAGAAUACCAAAUUUUGUCAAAUCCUGAUUUAAGGAAGAAAUAUAACGAAUUUGGUGGAAAAAAUGAUGUUGAGCCUGAGGGUGGCUUUGUUAAUCCGGAAGACUUUUUCAGACAACAAUUUGGUGGUGAUCGUUUCGUAGAUAUCAUCGGUGAGAUAUCAAUUGGACGAGAUAUGAAAGAGGUUCUUCAAAACGCAGCGGAAGACACUAAUGGAGACGGUGCAGAAAUGCGUAGGGAAACGAAUGAAGAGGAACGCGAUAAGAUUCGACAACAACGUGUGGAUAAAUUGGUUUCAAAUCUAAUACAUAAACUUUCUAUGUAUGUCGAUUCAAACGAUGCAAAGGGAGCCGAACAAUUUAAGAAUGUGAUCGAGAUUGAGGCAGAUGAUCUUAAAGCUGAAUCUUAUGGGAUUGAAUUAUUACAUGCUAUUGGAUUUACUUAUUCACUUAAAGCUAAACAGUAUAUAGGUGGUGAUCAAAUCUUUGGUUUACCUAGAUUUGGACAUAUAUUAAGAGAGAAAGGUCAUGUAUUCUCGGAAACUAUUUCGACAUUGCGAUCUGCUAUUGAUCUUCAGAAUUCUUUUAAGGAAUUACAAAAAGCUGAACUGGAGGGAUUGAACGAUGUUGAAAAGAGUAAACUGGAAGAAGCAACUGCUAAUAAAGGUUUAACGGCUUUAUGGAAAGGUUCCAAACUCGAAGUUGAGGGAGUUCUAAGAGAAGUUUGUGAUCGUGUACUGUCAGAUUCUAAAGAAAGUAAAGAAGUUUUAAUUAAACGCGCAGAAGGAUUAAAGAUAAUUGGAGCCGUUUAUGAAAAUGUCAAAAGCGAUUCCGAGUAA